AUGAAAAUCCGUCGGUCAUUCUUAGAUCGGAAGAGAGCUAAGGAGGAGUGUUGUGGUUGUGGCGGGGAAUGGGAAGAAACGAGGAAAUCCAAUGGUGGACGAUGUGUACCAACGGCAGCUUCCGUUGUCUCAAAGGAACUUUCACAUCUUGGACGAUCGGUCUGGUUGAAGGUUACUUGGAGCCGGGCUGGCUGGGGACGAACAAAGGGCCUCCGGUUCUUUCUCUGUCCUCGUCUCUCCCCUCGAUCGCUUGAGAACCCAUUCUGGUACUUUGAAGGCAAGACAGAUUCCCGGGGAAAAUUCCCACAGGACCUGCAACAUCUGUUCCAGCAAUUUCUCGAGGCCAAUCCGGGGUCCGCCACACUUUGGAAGACGGAGACCGUUCGUCUCGCGAAAUCGAUCACCACAGACCAAGCCCCGAACACUAUGCUGGGCCUGCAUACGAAGAGACGACGCGAGGAAGCAGCCCGGUCAUUUGCGUCCGCUAUGCUUGCUUCCCCUCCGUUGCGGAUGCUACUGGCGAACCGCGACGCCUCGGACCGUGACGAGAAACUCGUCACAUACUACGAGGAAGCCCAAGAGCUGGCCACCUGUGUUGGCCAAACGCGUGGGAUCUGCGAGUAUACGAAUCUCGGGCGGUUAACUUCGCCCUUGUUCUCUCAUCGGUCGGAUAAGAUGAAGGCGCACCCUAACCAUAGUUUAUGGCCGGACGACCCAAGGCUAGACGGGCGUCGGAUUCUGUUCAUUACGCAGCCGGCCGUGUCACGCCUGCGAGGUACCACGUUAAUGGGCAUUGAGGAGCGAUGGGCACGGUUAAAAGCAGUGGUCGAGGAUGGUGCAAUGUCCAAGGAGCAACACCAGAAGAUGUUCAGGAAGCAGCACGCACAAGCACAGGAAGAGGGGAGAAGAAUUUGUGAAGAGAAAUCGAAGCGGCAAGCCGAGUGGAACAAAAUUGAGAAGGAACGGGGGGUGAAUAGAAAGAAUCAAGAUAAAGCAAAUCUUGAAACCGAGGAGAGUAGAACAGAUGGAGAUGGCGAGUAUAAGAAGGGAAGGAAACGAAAAAGAAUCACCAAGGCAGACACCGCAGAAGAGGAGGAAAACAAGGAAGACAAGGAGGGGAAGCAGUUCACAGAGGAGAAACUUGAAGGGAAGAAAAGAAGAGGGCGUCCGGCUACCAAAAAGAGAGCAGUCCAGUGA